AUGCCGGCCAGUAUCCCCGACACCACACCGGGCUCGCCUAGAGGGUUUGGAGACAGACAAAAUCAGUUCAGGAAUCCUAGACACAGUCGCAGAGGAUCGUUUAGUAUGCGUUUAGUCAACGCACUCGGGGGCGCGGACAGGCGUUUUGGUCUUGACAGCAGCAUACACGAGCCGAGGUCUUUUUGGAAAGACCACAGGGUCUGGUACGAUCAAUUCACGUCCACCGAUUGGGUCCAUGACAGCAUCGCCGACGCCUACCGAGUAAAAGCACUACGCAGCCGAAAAGACUUCCGUGGUCGAAUAUUGGCCUGGACUGAUGGCGGCCUCGGCUGGCUUCUGGUAUUGCUGAUCGGUAUUCUGACUGCAAUCUUUGCAUAUUUUGUCAACGUUACAGAGAGCACACUAUUCGACUACAAAUCCGGCCACUGUGCGACUGCCUGGUACUACAGCAAGAAGAAGUGCUGCCAGGGCGCUUCAAUAUGCGAUGCAUGGCUGCAUUGGUCUGGCCCGGCUGACUUAAAUCAAUUCGAUGAGUCCCAAGUUGGCUAUCUUGCCUUCAUUCUUGGAUGUAUUGUCUUUUCAUGUUUGUCUUGUAUCAUCACUUUAAAGACGAAGACUGUUAUUCCCUCGGCCGUCUCAUUGUCUACUCUGGAUGAAAAUCUGGGGGCUCUCAUACCCGGCCAGACUGGAGAUUGCCAGAAAGAUGGAAGUUCAACAGAUCAGUUAGAUUCUCCGGAAAACCCUCCGAUGGUGUACUACGCCGCCGCUGGUAGCGGAGUUGCUGAGGUCAAAGUGAUACUGAGUGGGUUCGUCUUGCACGGCUACCUAGGUCUCAGGACACUUGUUCUGAAGAGUGUAGGCUUGAUAUUGGCUGUGGCGUCUGGGCUCAGUCUUGGAAAAGAGGGUCCGUACGUACACAUUGCCACGUGUAUUGGUAAUAUCCUCUGCCGCUUCUUCCCAAAGUACAACUACAACGACGGGAAAAGAAGGGAAGUUCUGAGCGCCAGUGCGGCAGCAGGAGUUGCCGUCGCCUUUGGAUCCCCAAUUGGAGGCGUGCUUUUCAGUCUGGAAGAAGUCAGCUACUACUUUCCUCCGAAGACUCUGUUUCGUACAUUCUUCUGCUGCAUCGCUGCCGCCUUGUCUUUGAAAUUCCUGAAUCCGUACGGGACUGGCAAGAUUGUUUUGUUCGAGGUGCGAUAUCUGACCGACUGGCAUGCUUUUGAAAUGGUCGCUUUUGUCUUUAUUGGUGCUCUAGGCGGGCUAUUAGGAGCACUCUUCAUCAAGGCUUGCCGCUUUUGGGCCCGCACCUUUCGCCGGAUUCCUCUCAUCAAACAAUACCCGCUGCUGGAGGUGUUCAUCGUCGCCUUGAUAACGGGGCUACUGAGCUUCUGGAAUCGGUACACAAAACUACCUGUCGCUGAACUGCUUUUUGAGCUGGCAAGUCCAUGUGAUACUUUCACCGACACAGGAACUGGUCUGUGCCCAACCAAAGAGCAGAUACCGACUAUCAUUUGGUAUUUAUCGAUAGCUUUCGUAAUCAAGGCCUUCCUGACUGUCGUCACAUUUGGAAUAAAGGUCCCUGCGGGCAUCUACGUACCCUCCAUGGUCGUUGGUGGAAUCCUUGGUCGGAUUACAGGCCACAUGGUACAAUACCUGGCGCUGAAUUACUCGCAUACCGGACUAUUCGGCCAGUGUAGCCUCGACACCGCACCUGAACAGUGCGUUGUCCCCGGAGUCUACGCGAUGAUCGCGGCUGGUGCUACCAUGACUGGUGUCACCCGGCUGACUGUAACCCUGGCUGUCAUCUUAUUUGAAUUGACAGGUAGUCUUGAUCACGUUCUGCCAUUCAGCAUCGCAAUCCUUACAGCAAAGUGGACCGCAGAUGCACUGGAGCCGUUGUCUAUAUAUGACCUUCUAAUGGACAUGAAUUCGUAUCCCUUUCUCGACAACAAGGUUCGUCCGAUCUUUACGACAGAGUUGGGUGAUAUCACGUCCACAGUUGGCAAGGACCGUGUUAUCGACAUCAGCACAUCCCCAUUGAUACUAGCAUCAGAAUUGCGUGACCGACUAGAAAUCCUGCAAAGCGCCGGGGAGCUCGACGGAGGCUUGACAAUUGUCAGGGACGGCAUUCUUGUCGGACUGAUCCCGGCCCCAGAUCUCGAAUUUGCACUCGAUAAACUUCCAAACGAAGAAAAUAGUCUAUGCCUCAUGAGCACAAGGGUUGGGUGGAAUAAUCCCAAUCACGAGGAGGAAUUGUCUGAGGAGGAAGUCGAUCCUACAGACUUCACUCAUUAUGUUGAUCCGGCUCCCAUUGCGCUCGAUGUACAUUCUCCAAUGGACCUCGUUUAUGAGUGUUUCGUGAAGCUUGGUCUGAGAUACAUCUGUGUUCUGAAGGAUGGACGAUACUAUGGCUUAGUUCACAAGAAAACUUUUGUCAAAUAUAUGAAGGAUUUCGAAAAGGUCGACGAAAGACCCUGA